AAAUUAGCAUCCCUACCUGACGUCCAGUCAGCAGCGCGCGCUGGCUGCCCAGCCUUGGCUCUGGUUUAAAUUUAUGGAAGCACUGAUAAACUUAUAACGUGUCGAGUCUGGAUUCGGAUUCUUCAAGAAAUAUAUCGGUCGAAAUAUAUUGUCUGAAAAGCAUCCCCUUUGAAUGCUAGGCACCCGGCAUUCGGUUCAAGUUGAAGGCAAGAGAAUAUUAUUUUUAGCCAGUAGGCCAGAGCUAAGUAGCCACCCGUGUAUUUUAUUUUUUCGUCUGCGCCACUGCGAAUAAAUCAAACAGUUUCAAAGCGAAAGAACAACAAGCUGAAAGGGGUCCAUCAUUACAGCAUGCCUAUCAUUCGGCUUGAGUCUUCCGACAAGGAGAUCUUCGACAUCGAACAAGAGAUUGCCAAGUGCUCGGAGACGAUUCGCACGGCGCUCGAGGAUCUGGGCGAUGAGAGUGAUAACAGCGUGCUACCGCUGCCGAACGUCAACUCAUUGAUCCUUAAGAAGGUUCUCCACUGGGCCACCUACCAUAAGGAUGAUCAGCAGGUGACCGAGGAAGAUGAAAACAAGGAGAAGCGUACCGAUGACAUUUCCUCUUGGGACGCCGAUUUUCUGAAAGUCGAUCAGGGCACUUUGUUCGAGCUCAUCCUAGCGGCCAAUUACUUAAACAUCCAGGGCCUGUUGGAUGUGACCUGUAAGACUGUGGCCAAUAUGAUCAAGGGCAAGUCGCCGCAGGAGAUUCGCGACACGUUUACCAUCAGCAACGACUUUUCGCCUCAGGAGGAAGAGAAGGUGCGCAAGGAAAACGAGUGGUGUGAGGAGAAGUAAUGCGUUCAACAAAAAAAUUGAAUCUGAUAACCAAAUUAGAACACCUAAAUUUUAAAACAUGUAAAACGCACUUUUACGUAAAGUCCACGUAAACCAUUUUGUUUAUAAAAAAUUCUAAAUAAUGUUAAAUAAACUUUUACAUGUGGCUUAUG